AUGGCAAGCCUCGACACAGGACGGCUGGUUUAUUCAAAUCAACGAAACUUCUUCCUCCGCAGCAGCGCCCCCGCUCCGCUCCGCUCCCCCCCACCUCGCUCCCUUUAAUGAAAGUAGACACUGGCCCAAAGAACACUCCUCCCCUCCUUCCUCCGCAGAGCUGGAGCUUUCUCCCUCUUUAAACCAUGAUCUGGCUCCCAGUUUUGCUCGAUGCAUGUCUCCCUUCGUGAGGGCAGAUUUCUGGGCUUGUCCAUGACAUGACACAGUGCAGCGCAGGAUCGAAGUGGUCGCCUCUAACGCCACGGGUACCCCAAUGCACAGGACUCUUCUGCAGCGGUUUGAGUUUGGUUACAUGAAAUAUGCGAUGUUCGCAGGAGUGCCCGGUUCUUCUUCUGCUGCACUUUGUUUUAAUUGUGGCAGCCGGCCACGAAGGGCUCUCCGACUCUGGCAGCCUCCUCUCCCUCUUUGCAGAGCAGGGUCACUUAUUCCAGUCAGGGUCAGAUGUGUCCAUUGUCCACCCAGUGAAAACCACUGCUGAUGGAGAGUUCAUCUCCCACUUUGUGUCUCACCACUUCAAGGGCGGGCGACUCAGGCGUGACCUGCGACCCCUCGGUUCGGAGGGACAGGUUUACUACAAGGUCAACUACAAGGGUCGCACUUUAGUAUUCAAUUUGACUGCAAAUGACCACCUGGUCUCAAGUGACUACAUCCUGGAGAGGCGGAAUGGCAGUGCCAACAGGAUGGAGCAUCGUCUCUCUGAGGGGAAUUCCUGCCACCUCCUCGGCACCGUGGAAGCCUCUGAUGUGCGAGGAACUGCAGCCAUCAGCACCUGCAAAGGACUGAGAGGCUUCUUCUCCCUGCCAGAGGGACACUAUUUUAUCGAACCUGUCCAGAAAUCUCCUGAUGACCCUGCAGGAACUCCAGAGCCCCAUGUUGUCUAUCCAAGAGUUACUGCAGAAAGUCACAGAAAAAAACGUAGUGCUGAGUCCAAAGAAACGUCCAGCCCAUGUGGAGUUCAAGAUGCUCCAAGCGACUCUGUCCAGAUGGAGAUGGAGAGGGAGGAGUGGGAGAGGGAGCAGCACAGGGGGGAGGACCAGGCUCAGUCCCGCCAACAGCGCUCAGUGAGCAAAGAGCGAUGGGUGGAGACUAUGGUGGUUGCUGACUCCAAACUCAUAGAAUACCACGGCAGCGAUAAUGUGGAGUCCUACAUCUUCACCAUCAUGAACAUGGUGGCUGGGAUCUUUCAUGAUGCAAGUAUUGGGAAUGCAAUCCACGUCAUCUUGGUUCGCCUCAUUCUACUACAGGGAGAAGAGAAAGGGCUGAAGAUAGUUCACCAUGCAGAUACCACUCUGGCCAGUUUCUGUGCUUGGCAGAAAAAUCUCAAUCCUCAGAGUGACACACACCCAGCCCACCAUGACCUGGCUGUGCUGGUCACCAGGAAAGACAUCUGUGCUGGAAUGAAUCAGCCCUGUGAGACCCUGGGUCUGUCUCACCUGUCUGGGAUGUGUCAACCACACCGCAGCUGUAACAUCAAUGAGGAUUCAGGACUCCCUGUCGCCUUCACUGUCGCUCAUGAGAUGGGCCACAGCUUUGGGAUUCAUCAUGAUGGCCAGGGUAAUGACUGUGAGCUGGAGGGGAGGCACCCGUUCAUCAUGUCCAGACAGCUAAUGUAUGACAGCUCGCCUCUCACUUGGUCUUCCUGCUCCAAAGAGUACAUCACACGUUUCCUUGAUCGUGGCUGGGGUUUCUGUCUGGAUGAUAGACCUUCCAAGAGAGACCUCACCACCCCGUUGGCUCGCCUCGGUGUUCGCUACACCACACACCACCAGUGCCAGCUCCAGUAUGGCCCAAAUGCUACCUUCUGCCAUGAGGUUGAUAAUGUUUGUCAGAUUCUUUGGUGUUCAGUGAACGGCUCCUGUCGCUCCAAACUGGACUCACCUAUAGAUGGCACUCGCUGUGGACCAGAAAAGUGGUGUAUCUCCGGAGAGUGUGUGAUUGUGGGUAAACUCCCAGAAACAGUGAAUGGAGGCUGGGGACAAUGGAGUACCUGGUCUCACUGCUCCAGGACCUGUGGAACUGGAGUUCAGUCAGCAGAGAGGGAAUGUAACGACCCUAAACCUGAGUUCGGGGGCAAGUACUGCACUGGGGAAAGGAAGCGUUAUCGGACCUGUAACACAAAACCCUGCCAGAAUAAUAAGCCAACCUUUCGAGAGAUGCUGUGCAGCGAGUUUGACACUGUACCUUACCACAAUGAACUCUAUCAGUGGAUUCCUGUGGCUAACCCAUUACAUCCCUGUGAGCUGCACUGUCGACCAGUCAGUGAGUAUUUUUCAGAGAAGAUGCUCGACACUGUGACAGAUGGAACACCGUGCUUCAUGAACAACAAAUCCAGGAGCAUCUGUGUCAAUGGAGUGUGCAAGGAGGUGGGCUGUGACUAUGGCAUUGACUCAAACGCAGUGGAGGACCGUUGUGGAGUCUGUUUGGGCGACGGCACAAGCUGUGAGACGGUCUAUAAGUCGUUCAAUCAAAGCGAAGGCUUUGGGUACAUGGAUGUGGGUGUGAUACCUGAGGGGGCGCGGGACAUCCUGGUACAGGAAGCGGAGGAGGCAGGUAACUUCCUGGCUCUGAAGAGUGAGUCGUCGGAGGAGUACUUCCUCAAUGGCAACUUCAUCAUCCAGUGGAACGGGGAGUAUGAGGCCGGCGGGACGACGUUCUUCUAUGAACGCAGCGGGAACAUGGAGAACCUCACUGCUCCUGGACCCACCAAGGAGCCAGUCAUGUUGCAGUUGCUGUUUCAGGAGAAGAAUCCAGGUAUUAAGUAUGAAUACACCAUCAAGAAGACCAGAGAGACAGGAAAUGAGGUCACUGAACCCAUUUACAGGUGGAGACAUGGGGCGUGGACAGACUGCAGUACCACCUGUGGCUUAGGUGAGCAGCACCAGCCUGUGCGAUGUUUUGAGAUAGAUGUGGGUGUGGUGGAUGAGUCUCUGUGUGACCCGGAGAGCCGUCCAGAAGACAGACACCGAAAAUGCAAGACUAUAGAUUGCCCUGCAAGGUGGUGGGUGGGGGGCUGGCAGCAGUGUACAGCCACCUGUGGAUUAGAAGGGGUACGGAAGCGAACUGUGCUCUGUGUUCGCACUGUGUCAGGAGAGGAAAGGGUACUCCACCCUGUUGAGUGCAAGCAUCUCCUUAAACCCAAACCUGUAGUGCCGUGCAACAGAGAUGUACCCUGUGGACAGGAUUGGGCUGUUGGGGACUGGGAAGAAUGUCCAGUCACAUGUGGAGGAGGUGUUCGCUCACGUACAGUCACAUGUGCGCUGGCACCCAAGAAGACAUGUGACCUCGCAACCAAACCUCGGUCCAGAUCACUGUGUGGCCUACAGAGUUGUCCUAACUCAAGUCUUCGCAGAAGGCCUGGGCCUCCUCCUAAAUACCGCCGCAUCUACCCACCCAAGAGCCACCCUUCUGAGCAUCCUGGUACACCUACCUGGGCUCCUACAAAUACCACAGCUGCACCCACAGCUGCUAUCACUGUGAGGAAGAAAACAACCACCAAAGAAACGACAACUGCUUUCAUCCCUACCACCACCACAUCCCUUUCAGUCCCUAAAACCACAAUCCCGGAAAUCACAGACACAGAUGACUACGAGUUCAAUGUUAAAGAGAGGAAAAAUGGUGAUAAAAGAGGGAAAGGUUUCCCAUCUAAAGCCAAGGACAACAAAGCAACUGGUGUGCAAAAGGAGGAGAUGGAGGAGGGAGAGGAGGGAAGUACGCCAAAUGUGAUGAUGUAUACUCCAGGAUAUGAUUAUGUUGUCGAGGAGAGGACGUCGGAGGAGGAGAUUAUUGACCUGGAUGUUACCACAUCUACAUCAUUCAAAAAUCCUCUUAAAUCAACCACACCAACAGCAAAUACACUCAUCAUCACACCCACCUUACAAACACCUACCAUGCACACAACCAAAGCACCCAACGCCUACUCCACCCCACACACCAGUACUAAAACAUCAGCAAAGACCACUGACCACCAUCCCUUCACAGACCCCCACACCACCCAUCGUAUCAGUCCAUACAGCCACUGGACGCACAGGGUUCCACUCACCACUCCUAUGUACAAGGAGCAUUUGGUCCCAUCAAAAGCUGGAUUCCACACAACACAAGCUCCUUCCACAACUGCGAGAAAACAAUUCACUAUUGCAGCAUCACCUCAGCCCACAGUGAAGAUUAUUAAACCACAGAAGCCUGCUGUGACACCCAAGAAAGGCAAUUCUGCCUCUCGUGCCAAAAAUCCCUCUUCCUGGUCCAAAGGCGGUCACCCCAAGAGCCAAAGCCAGAGACCAGAAAGCCCUGUGAGCAGCUCCACCAGUGACCAAAUCAACCUGAUGGCCAGCGGGCCUGUCAGUAUGGAUGUAUUCUGGGUUGUAGGAAACUGGAGCGAGUGUUCAACAACAUGUGGGAUUGGAGCAACAUGGAGGACAGUAGUGUGCAGCUCCCAGGACGAAGAGGACUGUGCCAACAUGAAGAGACCUGAGCCUGCACGUACAUGUGACCUGCAGCCCUGUGCCACCUGGCAAAGUGGCAGCUGGAGCAAGUGUCCAGAUGGUUGUGCAGUGGUGGGAAAGAGGUACCGUGAUGUUCAGUGUGUUGAUUCUCAGAGUAAACGUCCCCUCAGGCCUUUUCACUGUCAGGCUAUGUCCAGCAGACCCCUCAGCACCUUGACUUGUCCACACAAGCCCUGUAUGACCUGGAGUAUAUCGCCAUGGGGGCCGUGCUCUGGCAGCUGUGGUGAAGGCAUCAGGGAGCGGCUGGUGUACUGCCCCGCACCUCAUCGCUGUGACACCACGCUGAGGCCAAACAGCACAGAGCCGUGUGCUCUAAAGCCCUGCACGCGGUGGAAGGCUGAGGACUGGGAGGAGUGCUCUGUGACUUGUGGUGAGGGUCAUCAACAGCGUGAAGUCAACUGUGUGAGUGAGCAGGAUUUGGCUAUAAUGCCAAACAGCCUGUGUGAGAAGAUUUCCAAACCAGAAACACUCAGGAAGUGCAAUAUGCAGGAAUGCAAGGCCAACACAGGUCCAGUUUGCAGGAAGAACACCAUGUCCUCUCGUUUCUGUGACAAGCUGAAACUGUUGGGUCGCUGCUCUCUCAGGUCGGUCCAAAGACAGUGUUGUGUCACCUGUGGGUCAAAGCCAGGAUCACACACCCACAUAUAUUAGAAUGGACUCAUCCCCAACUACAGUAACACAUACUGAAUCCUCAUCUUUGAGUGUAAAGCCAUGCCAUCCACAGACUGACACGUCCUGACCAAAGUGCCACAAUUCUACAAGAAGCCAUCUUUAUCAGAAGAAAUAAACUUGAGGUUGUUUUUAUUAUGUUUUCUUUUAUUUUUUAGGUAUUUUUCUGCUGAGAACAAGCAAAAUACUGAUGAUACAAAUGUGUCAUGUUGAAAUGAGCAGAAGUGCUUUUCAGAAUUAAACACAUUUUUUUAAAGAGAUGAAUUUGUUAACAGACAGGAAAUUUUAAGUAUUAUGUAAAAUUACUAAAAUAAUCAAGAAGCACAAUUGAAAAGUUGCAAAAAUCAAGCCAGUGCAAACUUUGCUUUCUUUUUUCGGUAAAAAAAAAUCAGUUAUGGCCUACAAUAGCCUACAUAACUUUCUGGUGUUGUUGAUAUCUUCAAGGUGCUGUUGAUUCACAACAGUCAAGUUGCCGGUUAUAUUUUUAUUUGAAAGUAAACUGGUACAACAGAAUGUUAAUAAAGAUUUAUUUUGACCUCUUUAUUAAGUUGUUGAUCGUAAAAAGAUAAUCUCUGUGUUUUUUACUCAUAUAAUUCAUUUUGUUCUGCUUGAAUUGUGGUUUUGUUCUCAGAGCUGGCACUGUGUGUUUACAUUAUUCUGGGUACAAGUUUUCACUUUAGUAUAGUUUUCUUUUUUAUUUUCUUUUUCUUUUUCUUUUUUUACAAUGUCACUGAUAAUUAACUCAGCUGCAGAACCUGCACAGUUCUGCAGUGGAACCUGUGGUGCUCCUCCUCCUCUGGUGUGAGACUGACCGAUGACAUAGAGGUGUUGCAGGUCAUCCCUCUCAGGUCCCUCUAAAGAUGGCCGCUGUGUUUGUAUGUUUGAUGUUGUACAGGUAUAUUACCAUUGUCAUGCAUAUGGUAUAUCACCUUGACUGAUAUGUACUUCACAAGUCUCCAUCAAUAAAUGUGACGACAGAAGGUGCUUGUGACAAAACUGCUUUGUAACUGAGACAUGAAAUAAAAAUUUCUUUUAAUAUUU